AUGGCCAAUCAAGGGCAUCGUCGUGAGUUCGAAGAAAGUUGGAGGCAUGUUCAACUUCCACAUACAGAUGCUCGCGAAGCAUUCAGAGAGUUUAUUGACAAGGAGCACUGUCAGCUCGCAGCUUACGAAACAAUGCCAUUCUGGACGACUCAAGAUACCCGGAAUUCUGUCAUCUCUUCACUUAUCCCAGCUGGAGCUGCAGUGGCCGCGUUUGUCUCAUUCGCAAAAGACCAACAAGUUGCUGACUGGUGGGGCUCUCUGAAGAAGCCCAACUGGGCUCCAAAAGACGUUCGAAUCUACUCGGCGGUUGAUUUACUCACGCUCUCCCCAUUGGGAUACGCGUCGUACCUCGUUUACAAGAAUGGUGGCGGCUUCGACUACAACGAUACUAAAUUGGCUCUUGGUUUGUACGGAGCUAGCGUUACUUUGGCGAUCGCCACCAUUCCAAUUGUGAAGAAGAGAGAAUUGGGAUGCUUGUGGAAGAACACCGCUGUUGUCAGCUUGACUGCCACUGGAGCUGCCUACGCAUUCUACAAGAUUGACAAGAAGGCUGGCUUCCUCCUUGUGCCAUUCGCUCUAUGGACCGCAUUCUAUGCCUACCUCGCUUAUUCCAUCAAGAAGGAGAACGACCCAAUCAAGAACCUAUAA